GUUUGUGACUGACUGCGAGAGGGUGUGAGAGCGAUGAGCGCGGCAAAGCGGCAUAUCGUCGUCGUGGGCGGCGGCGUCAUUGGCCUGAGCACGGCCAUUGCGCUGCUGGACCACCUCUCGUCGCGCUAUGACGUGACUGUCGUGGCCGAGGACCUCCCUGACCAUCCCUCGACGACGUCGCCGUCGCCGUCGCCGUCGAAGCCGCCGGCGUCGUACGCGAGCGCAUGGGCGGGCGCCCACCACGUCUCGGACGCAAAGACAGAAGAAGAGCUUGCACGGGACCAGGUCACGUUUGACGUCCUGAAGCGACUCCAUGCCGCGCGGCCUCCGGGCUUCGACGAGGCGGGCGAGCCGAUCGUGUGGAACCACCAGGUCGAGUACUUUGAGCAGGACCGCAUCAACCGGGCCGCUGUCGAGUGGUACCCCGACUAUCGCGAGCUGGAUCCGUCGAUGCUUCCCCCCGGAGCGUGCUUCGGAUGCAGCUUCUCGACGUGCACCAUCGUCGUGCCCCUCUACCUGCCCUUUCUCUUCCGCCUCUUUCUCGCGCGCGGUGGCCGCGCACUCCACGCGCGCGUCACGAGCCUCGAGCAGGCCCUGUCGCUCGCCGAGUCGCGCACGGCCGACUUCAUCUGCAAUGACACUACUGCGUCGUUUGCAGCCCCAUCGGCGCUCGUCGUGUCGCCCGGUCUGGGUGCGCGUGCCCUCGCCGACGACGAGGCGGUGCAUCCCGUGCGCGGCCAGACGCUCCUCGUGCGUGCGCCCUGGUGCACUCUGUCUGAGCGCGACACCGUGCCCAACGCAGACCUGCCGCGCACCGCGGCCGUCUCGCCGUGGCCGGGGCUGAGCCGGUGCAACGAGGAAGGGUUCCGCGAUGUGUACGUGAUCCCACGCGGCGGUGCCGAUGGCCACUUCAUCGUCGGCGGCACCCGCCUCCCCCACGACUGGUCCGACGAGCCGCGCGAGGCAACGACGCGCGACAUUCUCGCCCAGGCGCUGCGCUACAUGCCUGCGCUGGCCAACCCGCACCGGAGCUUGACGGCGGGCGCGGGCGAGGCCCAGCCCGACGAUGUCGACGUCGUCGCCGUCAACGUCGGCUUCCGGCCGGCACGCAGCGGCGGCGUGCGCCUCGAGCGCGGCCCCUCCCUCGGCCAGGCACAAGUCGUGUACAACUACGGCUUUGGGGGUGUCGGCUACCAGGCCUCGUGGGGCGCCGCGCUGCAGUGCCGGGACCUCAUCGACGACGCCCUGGGCCAGGCCCGCGCACCCCGAGGCAGCACACUAGCAAGCCUCGAUGGGCGGUGCCAGCUCUGACAGCGACGAGAUCCCCACCGACCUGGGCUCGCGCAUGGAGAAGAGGCAGGGCAGCUGGGCAGAAAGAGGAAAAAGAGUAGAAAUAGGAAUGCAGUGACCAAUGUAUGCUAGAGUACACGAGAAAUAGGAAGCUUCACAUCGCUGU